UUUUAGUUUAGAGAACACAGUCCAACGUUUCGCAUUUCAUUGGUUUUGCGUUGUUCUUAAUUUUUUUUCUAUUUUCUAAUAAAAAUACAUUUUAGACGAAAAGAACGACCACUAAAAAAUAACCAAAUAAUUGGCUUAAAAUAUCAAAAAUAUAGAAAAAUUUUAAUGCAAUUUUAAUAUUGGCUGCGGAAUUUCUAUUGAUAAAAAGGAUACACUCAAUGGAAUAAAAUAGUGCUUCAAAAAUUUAAUUUCAUUUUCAUAGUUUUUUAAAAAAAAGUGUAUAGCUGAAGUUUGUUAAAAAAAAAAAAAAGAUGGCUGAACUGACAAGGCUUGUGUACCAACAACUUUUAUAUUUAAAUGACUCUUUUCAUAAAGAUCCACGUGUUCAACAUCUACCAUUAGUUGGGUCACCUUUUCCUGUUCUUGCAAUUGUAACAGUGUAUGUGUUAUUUGUUAAAAAAUGGGGACCACAAUGGAUGGAAAACCGGAAACCGUUAAAUGUGAAGCUAUUAAUACGAUUGCACAAUGUUGUACAGAUUGUUUUAAACGGAUAUGCUCUGACACUUGGCUUUUUUAACUCAUAUUACAACGAAGACUUUAGUUUAACCUGUCGACCUGUAGAUAUGACAGACACUUCACCAAGCGCGUUGGGAUUGCUACACGCUACUUACAUCUAUUACCUUACAAAGUAUUUGGAUCUCUUCGACACGGUAUUUUUCGUUCUGCGAAAAAAGAACAGUCAAAUAUCUUUCCUGCAUGUUUAUCAUCAUGCCAUAAUGGUGGUUGCAGUUUGGCUUUACAUAACCAAUUUCUUUGGAAGUCAUCCAACAAUGUUGGGCAUACUCAAUUCAUUGGUUCAUGUUGCAAUGUACACUUAUUACUUCCUUUCGUCCAUGGAUUUAAAAUUAGAUUUGCUACCCUGGAAGAAGAGAAUUACACAAAUACAAAUUCUACAAUUUUGUUAUUUGACAUUUCAUUUUAGCAUGCCAUUGAUAAAUAAUUGGUGUAAUUUGUCAUUUAAUUUUAUGAAUGCAAUAGCAGUGAUACAAAAUGUAUUUAUGGCAUCUAUGUUUUUAGAAUUCUAUUAUAAGGCUUAUAUUAAGAGAGAUACAAAUAAAACUAAAUUAAAGUAAA